UCAGGAAGGCGAUGCUCCCAUUCUCCACAGAUUUUAUCGUGUGUGCUAAUGGUCACACCUGAUGUCCUUGUGUGUGUUGAAAAUGACCAGGGUCACACAUUGAGUUCAGUUGGCAGCUGUGAAACUCACAGGGCAGUUACUCUGCGGUUACUUUCCCACGACCAGGUUUGGUUGCUUCACGUUUCCUUGUGGUUAGGUUCAUGCUAUUUUGGGCAGGAAUUCCCGGAAGUGACGUGCCUUUUUUUGGGCAUCCUAUCAAAGUGCAUGAGGAUGCUUGUCCCAUAACUGAUGAUGACUUGGAUCCCUUAGUGAAGGUGAUGUCUGGGAGGUUUCUCCACUGGACAGUUCCCUACUUUCCCUUUGUAGUUGUGAAAGCAAAAUCUCCCUGAAAUCACUAAGCCACAGGAAAAAUCAAGCUGGGAACUGCUUCUCAGAGAAACCUGCCUCCCAUUCUGUUCCUUAACAACAUAGCUACAAAGGUAGGGUGGGGGUGUAGACAGAGUCUGUCACCCAGGGGUGUGUGUGUGUUUUGAGACAGUCUCUGUUGUCUAGGCUGGAGUGCCAUGGCAUGAUCUCAGCUCUGCAACCUUCACCUCCAGGAUUCAAGUGACUCUCCUGCCUCAGCCUCCUGGGUAGCUUGGAUUACAGGUGCCCACCACCACCUCCAGCUGAUUUUUGUAUUUUUAGUAGAGACAGCGUUUCACCGUGUUGGCCAGGCUGGUCUCGAACUCUUGACCUCAAAUGAUCUGCCUGCCUCAGCUUCUCAAAGUGCUGGGAUUACAGACGUGAGCCACCGUGCUUGCUCUAAAGGUCUCUGUCACCCAGGCUGGAGUGCAAUGGCGUGAUCAAGGCCCACGGCAGCCUCAACCUCCCUGGCUCAGGUGAUCCAUCGCAGCCUCCCAAGUAGCUAGGACUACAGGUGUGCGCCACCACAUCCAGGUAAUUUUUGUAUUUUUUGUAGAGAUGGUGUUUCACCAUGUUGCCUAAGCUGGUCUUGAACCCCUGAGCUCAAGUGAUCUGCCCACCUUGGGCUCCCAAAGUGCUAGGAUUACAGGUGUGAGCCACACACCUGGCCAGCAGGUGAUUAUUGACUGACUGAACAAAAGCUUGGUCUUGCUCUGCCUUAAGUUACCCGAAGGCCAAAGAGGAAGGUUGGCUGGGUGCAGUGGCUCACCCUUGUAAUCCCAGCACUUUUGGAGGCUGAGGUGGGAGGAUAGCUUGAGUCCAGGAGUUUGUGACCAGCCUGGGCAAUAUAGUAAGAUCCCAUACAAAAAAUAAAAAGUUAGGCCGGGUGCUGUGGUUCACGCCUGUAAUCCCAGCAUGUUGGGAGGCCGAGGCAGGAGGAUCAUGAGGUCAGGAGAUCAAGAUCAUCCUGGCUAACAUGGUGAAACCCCAUCUCUACUAAAAAUAUGAAAAAUUAGCCGGAUGUGGUGGUACGUGCCUAUAGUCCCAGGUAGUCAGGAAGUUGAGGCAGGAGAAUUGCUUGAACCCAGGAGGUGGAGGUUCCAGUGAGCCGAGAUCAAGCAUUGCACUCCAGCCUGGGCAACAGAGCGAGACUCCGCCUGAAUACGUACAUACAUAAAAAUUAACCAAGUGUGGUGGUGCACGCCUGUAGUCCCAGAUGCUCAGGAGGCUGAGGCAGAAGGAUCACUUAAAUCCAAGAGGUCGAGGCCGCAGCAAGCCUUGAUAACACCACUGCACUCUCCAGCCUGGGUGACAGAGUAAGACCCUGUCGCCCCCUCCACAAUAAAAAGACAUCCGGCCUAGACACUCACUUAUUCAACAAAUAUUUCUAUCACCUAUUAUGUACCAGGCCCUAUUCUAGUAACUGGGCAUACAGCAGUGAAAAACAAAAACAAAAAAAACCUCUGCCCUUAAGGGGCUCACUGAAUAUUCCAGUUAGGAAGGAGAGAGUUGGUUAGAAGGCAGUGAGUGCUGGAGAGGAUAGACAGGAAAUGCUAAGGACGGCAAUUUCCGGGAGAAGGCAGCGGCUGAGUAAACACCUUAAACAUGGUCUCUGAGGGAAGAGCAUUUGAGGCAGAGGGAACCACUGGUGCAAAGGCCCUGCGGUAGGAGCAUGCCUGGUGUGGGUGGGAAAGAGCCUGAAGAGGACAGGGACAUGGAGUGGAUGCGCUCAGUUGGAGGCAGAAUAAUGGGGUAUAACGGGCCUUCAGCUGGAGGGAGACAGGAGCCAUGAUGAAGUUCUGGACACAGGGAGGGGUAACCUGCUUUAGGGGUGCACAGCUUCCUCCAGCUGCAUGUGGGGAACAAACUCUAGGGGAUGGAAAUGGAGAGCAGCCAGGAGUCCCCCGCACUAGUCCAGGCUGAUGCUGCUGGCUUGGGGGGGUCACUUUCACAGCAGUGGACCGAGCUUCGCACAGACAGGAACCUCAGGUGAUUUGCUCACUCACUAUACCCAGUGCACAGAAAAGAGGCUGCCUUCCUUUCAUAUUUGUCAAGACUUGACUUACAGCUCCCGUGUCAGGAGCUUUUACUGCAUCAGGCCUUGUGCUGGACACUUACACAGAAGGUUGUACAUUCCACAGACAACCUCAUCAACGACAGUUUGAAAUCAUCCUGACUUUUAUGGUCGAGGAAAGUGAGGCUCAGAGGGGCUGCUUCAGGCAGUAGGAUGAGGAUCUGUCUUUGGCCGCCGACUUUAGAGGGCUUCGAGAGGACAGAGCCAGCCUGCGGGGCACUCACCUUUGUGCACCUGCCCAGGCGAGGCUGGCUCAGUGCGCACGCGCCCAGGCGCAUUUAAAGCGCGGGAUGGGCUUCUCUUCCCCCAGCUGCAAGCGGUCAGUGCUUAGCCUCACUGGCGACGCCCGGCUGGAGGAUGCUGGUGAGAGGCAGGGGCCAGGGGUCCGGAUCGGGCUUCUCUUUAGGCGCUGAGCCACCAAGGCCUUCUCCUUUGCAGAGUCCCACUGCCUCCCUAGAUGCAGAGCCUCCGAGUGUCCCAGUCCCCGACAGCAUCUCCGCGGGCCCCAGUGUCUCCCCAAGAUGCCUGGAGAGGCCGCCGGGGCUCGAGGAGGCGCUGAGCGCGCUGGGGCUGCAGGGAGAACGCGAGUACGCCGGGGACAUUUUUGCCGAAGUCAUGGUGUGCCGCGUGCUGCCCCGGAGAGCCCUGCACCGAGCUGUGACCCUGGAGAUGCGCGCCCUGGUGGUAGAUUGGCUGGUCCAGGUGCACGAGUACCUGGGUCUGGCUGGUGACACACUUUACCUGGCGGUGCACCUGCUUGAUUCCUACCUGAGCACCAGCCGCGUGCGCUCACAUCGCCUGCAGCUGCUAGGCGUGGCCUGUCUGUUUGUGGCGUGCAAAAUGGAAGAGUGCGUGCUUCCCGAGCCCACCUGCCUCUGCCUCCUGGGUGCGGACUCCUUCUCGCGGGCGGAGCUGCUGCGCGCGGAGCGCCGCAUCCUGAGCCGCCUGGAUUUCCGGCUGUACCACCCGGGCCCGCUGCUGUGCCUCGGGCUGCUGGCCGCGCUGGCAGGGAGCAGCCCCCAGGUGAUGCUACUUGCCACCUACUUCCUGGAGUUGUCUUUGCUGGAGGCCGAGGCGGUGGGAUGGGAGCCGAGUCGUCUCGCGGCUGCGGCUCUGAGCCUGGCGCACCGCUUGCUCGACGGGGCAGGCUCCAGGCUCAAGCCGGAACUUAACAGCUCCGAGGAACUGGGCCCCCUCGAGCCGUGCAUGGCCCGUGCUGCACUCCGAGGUCCCACGCCAGGCCGCGCCGCCGUCUUCUUCAAGUACGCGCGGUCCCAGCGCCAGGGCACCAGCCUCACCGCUGCCUGCCUGCUCCGCGGCCUCCACCUGAGCCUCCCUGAGCGCUGAGGCUCAGUCAUCAAAACAAACAAACAAACAAACAGCCUCCCAGUGUGUGUUCGUCUGUCAUCUCAAUAAAACCGAGUUUCGCUCUUGUUGCCCAGGCUGGAGUGCAAUGGCACGAUCUCGGCUCACCACAACCUCCACCUCCCGGGUUCAAGCGAUUCUCCUGCCUCAGCCUCCCGAGUAGCUGAGAUUACAGGCAUGUGCCACCACGCCUGGCUCAUUUUGUAUAUUUAGUAGAGACGGGUUUUCUUCUUGUUGAUCAGGCUGGUCUCGAACUUCCGGCUUUGGGUGAUCCUCCCGCCUUGGUCUCUCACAAUGCUGGGAUUUCAG